AUGUGCCCGGAGGAAGGCGGCGCGGCCGGGCUGGGCGAGCUGCGCUCCUGGUGGGAAGUCCCGGCCAUAGCGCACUUCUGCUCGCUCUUUCGCACGGCGUUCCGCCUGCCCGACUUCGAGAUCGAGGAGUUAGAAGCUGCUCUUCACAGAGAUGAUGUAGAGUUUAUCAGUGACCUGAUCGCCUGCUUGCUUCAGGGCUGCUAUCAGCGAAGGGAUAUCACGUCCCAGACGUUCCACAGCUACCUGGAGGACAUCAUAAACUACCGCUGGGAGCUGGAGGAAGGGAAGCCCAACCCUCUGCGAGAGGCCAGUUUCCAGGACCUGCCCCUGCGCACGCGCGUGGAGAUCCUACACCGCCUCUGUGACUACCGGCUGGAUGCAGAUGACGUCUUCGAUCUUCUCAAGGGUCUAGAUGCAGACAGUCUCCGCGUGGAGCCAUUAGGUGAAGAUAAUUCUGGGGCACUAUAUUGGUAUUUCUAUGGAACUCGAAUGUACAAGGAGGACCCAAUACAAGGAAAAGCCAACAGAGAACUCUCUUUGAGCAGGGAAAGUGACGGACAAAAAAAUGUCUCAGGUGUUCCUGGGAAAACAGGAAAAAGGAGAGGAAGACCCCCCAAACGGAAGAAACUGCAGGAGGAGAUUGUAGUGAGUGAAAAGCAGCAGGAAGAAAACUACUUGGCAUCUGAGCCACAGACAAGAAAUGGAUCCCAAGGGCCAGGUCAAGGCACUUGGUGGCUCCUGUGCCAAACAGAAGAAGAAUGGAGACAGGUCACGGAGAGUUUCCGGGAGAGGACUUCGCUUCGAGAGCGGCAGCUCUAUAAGCUACUCAGUGAGGACUUCCUGCCUGAGAUCUGCAACAUGAUUGCCCAGAAGGAGACUCCUGUGCUUACCAGAACAGAAAAACAGAAGCGCAGGGAGGAGGAGGAGGAGCGCCAGCUGCUGCUAGCAGUGCAGAAGAAGGAGCAAGAGCAGAUGCUCAAGGAAGAGAGGAAACGGGAGUUGGAAGAAAAGGUCAAGGCAGUGGAAGACCGGGCCAAGAGGAGGAAGCUCCGGGAAGAAAGGGCAUGGCUGCUGGCCCAAGGGAAGGAGCUCCCCCCAGAGCUGUCCCACCUGGACCCUCACUCCCCCGUGCGGGAGGAAAAAAAGACUAAAGACCUCUUUGAGUUGGAUGACGAUUUCACCGCCAUGCACAAAGUUCUAGAUGUGCUCAAGGCUCACAAGGAUUCCUGGCCCUUUUUGGAACCUGUGGAUGAAUCAUAUGCCCCAAACUAUUAUCAGAUUAUUAAGGUUCCCAUGGAUAUUUCAAGUAUGGAGAAGAAAUUAAAUGGAGGUUUAUACUGUACCAAGGAGGAAUUUGUAAAUGACAUGAAGACUAUGUUCAGGAAUUGCCGAAAAUAUAACGGGGAAAGUAGUGAGUAUACCAAGAUGUCGGAUAAUUUAGAGAGGUGUUUCCACCGGGCAAUGAUGAAGCAUUUUCCUGGCGAAGAUGGAGACACAGAUGAAGAAUUUUGGAUCCGAGAGGAUGAGAAGCGGGAGAAGAAACGGAGUCGGGCUGGGCGAAGUGGCGGAAGCCAUGUCUGCACCCGCUCCAGGGAUGCCGAGCCCGCCAGGAAGCAGCAGCCCGUGGAGAACGGAGGCAAAGCCCUGCCACCUGCUCGCCGAGCUCCCCCUUCUGGAGGCGACCAGAGCAGCACCUCCACACCGCGCCCUCUGGAGGUGGGCACCUCCAACAGCCGCGGCCUUGCGCACCCCCCGCACUACGGAGGGAUGCCCAACCAGGCACCCCUUUUAAACCAGAUGAGGCCAGCAGUGCCGGGAACGUUUGGCCAACUUCGAGGGUCAGAUCCUGCUGGCUUGUAUGUCUCCGCCCGAGUCCCAGAGCCACACCCGGGAGAGCCCGUACAGCAGCACCGGCCCUUUGCCGUGCAGCCUCCAGCUGGAAUGAGCAAGCGCCGAGGACCCGGGCUGGGCGCGCCCGAGGAGAAGCAAGUGUGUGGGGGUCUGAGGCCCCUUUCUCACAUGGGGUCACAUCCUGGAUCCUUGCCUCUGGGGCAGAUGAGUGGCCCCAGUCAGGAUGGAAAUAUGUACCCCGCAGCUCACUUCCAGCCAGGAUUCAUUCCUCCCAGGCAUGGAGGGGUUCCAGCCCGACCCCCAGACUUUCCUGAAAGCUCAGAAAUCCCUCCCAGCCACAUGUACCGGUCAUACAAAUACCUGAACCGAGUGCACCCUGCUGUCUGGAAUGGGAACCAUGGUGCUGCAAACCCAAGACCCUUGGGGCCAGAUGAGAAGCCCCUCAUGGGGCCAGGAGCCUCUCACCAGCCUCGCACUCUUAGUCACAUGAUGGAGUCCCGAGUGAUGAGACCACCUCUUCCUCCAAACCAGUGGACUGAACAGUCCAGCUUCCUACCUCACAGCGCUUCCUCCUCAGGGUGUAUGCGCCCACCUUGCAAACCUGGUGGGCAUCGGUUACCGCCGCCUCUAGCACCGAGUCCCCUGUUCGGAGCACCCCCCCAGGUUCUCCGAGGUGUGCAGGGAGGGGACUCCAUGAUGGACAGCCCAGAGAUGAUCGCCAUGCAGCAGCUGUCCUCCCGUGUCUGCCCGCCCGGCGUGCCUUACCACCCCCGGCCACCUGCUCCCCCCCGCGUGCCUGGCCCUUUCCCACAGGGAGCUCGCUCGGCGUCUGUCGGUGAGGGAGCCCCCGAGCUCGCCUCGGGGGACCCCGGGAGGACACAGGAGCCUGGAGAUGGCCAAGCAGACCCUUUGCCUGGGCUCGAGAAGCCACCAAGCGUCGGUGCCUCAGAGGGGGUGUACCGCAAACAACUACCUCACCUGACGCCUCCCCUGCAGACCAGCUGCACCAGGCAGAGCUCGCCGCAGGAGAGAGAAGCAGAGGGCCCGGAGCUCCAACACGACUCCUCGGCAUCUGAAGACAACUGUCAGGCGGCAAAGGGCGACAACCCCUGGCCCUCGGAGAGGGGCUACGCGCAGGACCUCUCCGCUCUGGCAGAGAGGGAAGCGCUGCCUGAAAACGGAGUGCUGGUUGACGCGCCCGCCUGUGGAGCAGAGGGGAAGGGCCUCGGUGGCGGUGGGCCGGAAAAGCCACUCUGCCCCAGAGGGAAAACCUUGCCGGAAACCAUGCCAUGUACAGGACAGAACCCGCCGACACCUCCCGGCGCAGACCCCAGUUUGGUGGGCGGCACUGUCAGUCAGUUCCCCCCCCUGUACAUGCCUGGCCUGGAAUACCCAAACUCAGCUGCACAUUACCACAUCGGUCUGGGCCUGCAAGGCCUGGGCCCUGUGGUGGGAGGCAAGCCCUCGGUGUCGCGGUCUCCGCAUCUUUCCCCCAGGGGCUUCCAUUCUGAUAACCCUCAUGCUGGAGUCUUUCCCCGCUACCGUCCCCACCAAGGGGUGCGGUAUCCCUACCCGCCGCCGCCGCGGCCCUCCUACCAUCACUACCAGCGGACCCCGUACUACCCCUGUCCACAGGGCUUUUCCGACUGGCAGAGGCAUCUCUGUCCCCCGGGAAGCCCAGGCGGGCCCCCGCCUAGCCAGCCCGCCCCUCCGCGGCCCCUCUUCCCAGAUAAGAGUGCCGUGGUCGGUGCGCACAGCUGCGGGGCGCUGAGCGCCGCCUUGGCCUCCCCGGCCCAUGUGGACGCAGCGGCUGCGGAGGUCGCCGUGGCUGACGGGCAGAGUCCUGGCGCCGAGGAGGAGAAGCUGGAGGAGUCUGUGGAGAGGCCAGAGAGUCCCAAAGAGUUCCUAGACCUGGACAACCAUAACGCAGCCACUAAGCAGCAGAGCUUGUCAGCCGGCGGGUACCUGUACGGGACGCCUCCACCUCUGAGCCCGGGCAUGGGCUUCGGGCCGCCCGCGUUCCCCGCUCACGGCGUGAUGCUGCAGACGAGGCCUUCCUGUCCUCCUCUGCGGCCGGCCGGCCAUCUCCAGCCCAGGGCUUACUCUUCCCCGAUGGCUGCUCACCCACCUCACCAUCCAGUGGCUGCCCAGCCCAACGGCCUCUCUCAGGAGGGCCCCCUCUACCACUGCCAGGACGAGGGCCUGGGCCACUUCCAGGCUGUGAUGAUGGAGCAGAUGAGCACCGGCAGUGGGGUCAGGGGCCCCUUCCAGGAAAUGUACAGGCCUUCAGGAAUGCAGAUGCGCCCAGUCCAUUCCCAGUCUUCUCUCCCAAAGACCCCGGCACCAGCCACGUUGCAGGAUGAGCUACCACCACACAAGCCCCCGACGCUCCCUCUUGAUCAGAGCUAGUCCAAGGAGGAGAUAACCCCAAGGAAACGGAAAGCUGCACAUGAAGACUGGAACAUGGAGAACUCUGGGGAACGACCGUCACCCAUCUUACUCCUGUCGCCCUGCGUGCCCCUCACAGCACACACCUCGUGCGUCCGGGGGCUGGACACGCUCUGCUCACACCGCCCGCACCGCCCCAGGGGCCUGGUCGGGAGCUCCUGCGUGGCUGACAGUCAAGAACAAGUGAAUUGGAAUUGGUGAUGGCUUACAAGUCCUGAGACUUGUUCAGGGAAAUUCUUCUAACACUUGGGAGGGGCGUGCGUUCAAGGGGAACGGAGUGGUGCUUGUACCCGUUCAUGAGCAGCUACACUCAGGUAUACGUGUGGGGAAGGAACUACUCAUAGUAUUAAUGUCUUUGGAGCUGGGUCCAGUUUACAGAAUUUUCAUGUUGCCUUUUAAAAUAAUUGUUGUUGUUGGUGAAUGUAUCGUGCAUGAGUGGAAGGUGGGCGGGGCUGGUAGGAAGGGGAGCCUCGCUGGCGGGCACGCAGCCUGGAGCGACCCCGUCGGGGGCUGCGGGUGCUCCCGUGUGUCCC